AUGGGUAAAUGUACUGAAAGCACUGGAAACCCGAAGCACCUCAGGUUCCAGUCCAUGGUGCCCAACGGUCAGCUCAAGGAGCAGUUCGUGUACUACGUUUACAUGAUGAAGAAUCUAUCGGAUCUCCAUCCAUCCCUCAGGGAAGCUAUGGUAUCCACACCCGUCUUCUUGGACCUUCUCCUGUACUUCUGGCACGCCCAGACGGCAGAAGGCGAUCCUUUCGUCCUCUUUACCGACCGGAAGCCACGGGAAGAAUGUCUCGUCGUACAUCUAUUCAAGACCUUCCUUCAACUUGAAAAGGAGGUUAAGCCGUCUGUGACAAUCUUGGAUCGGGCGCUGGACGGAGGAUUCUGCGACGCGUGGUCACUAGUGGAGGGAGCGGCCCUUCGCGCGAAACUGUGUUCUUUAAACAUCACCACUCUCAACUCGAACUACCCAGAAAACCGACUCGUCAACCGCUGCUUGUAUCUCACCUCCCUGAUCGAUAUCUGCAACAUAUUCCUCGAACACCCCCAAUUCCAUCCCAUCACUUUCUUCGAGGCCCGAUGCUUCGACGCCUUUGUCGAGCUCAACUACAACAUCGUCGCCCAUAUGUCUCCGAUCGUCUCCGAAUACUGGCUGCUGGAGCUCUCCGGGGAAUGCCUUGAGCAGCAAAGUUCUAUUCUGACGAUGGCUGUAAACUCGGACUACGCACCCAUUUGGCACGUUCAAAAUAUCAUCAAGGGAGGGCUACUUCACGCGCUAUUCCAUAUCCUCCGAAAGAUCGACUCGUCCAAGGUUGACCACGCCAUCAACAACGUCCUGAGAAUCCUCACGGCGUAUGCCAUCUAUCCCAAGGUCGCACGCCAGCUACAGGUCCACUUCAACGGGCCCAUCCCGCACCAGAUGAGGUGCGGACUCGCCAUCCAGCAGCUGUGCGGCCGAACCUGGACCGGAUUCAAGACAUGUGUCGAUUUCUUCACCAAGAUAAUCCAAUCCACGCGCUGGGUUCGGGAUGAGCUUAGCAUCUGCGACAAUCUCCACCAUCACGAAAACUUUGAGCCGAGGGACAGGUUCAAAAGUAAAACCUGCGCCGGAUGCACCUCGGUGGCAUACUGUUCUUCGCUGUGCCAGAAGGACUGGAAGCUUUUCCAUUGCUAUGAGUGUAAAACUGCGCGCGCUGGCUACCUCGACCUCAAAGAAUUCCGCAAACAAUACCGCCACCGCUACCGAGCAUCGCAUCUGGCGCUCACGAUUGCAGUGUACCAGAAGAACUGGCACUGGGUAGAAAGUGAGACCAGGAACAUAAUAGACGGACCCACAGCCCGGCACAACGUCAUAACCGCGCGCCUCCCAGAUCCCCUCCCUGAAGGCAGCGAUCGUCGGUUCGAAGCCAUCGUCCGACGCCAUGCUGGAGACCGAUCUUCCAGGUUGGUCGAAGGAAUGUUUCUCUUGGGAAGGGAACAAGUCUGGGUUCUCGCCGCUAUCAAACCCGUUGUCUACUUAAUGUAG